GCGUACUAGAUUCUCAGUCGUACACAGUCAGCCAGCCAGCGAUGUUUGGAGUUGUACGCCGUUCGAAUGCGGCAUGUUACCACACAGAUGAACAAGUCAAGACUGUCUCAUAGUCCUAUAUCGUAUUCAGUGUUGUUUGUUGUUAUUUUGGCUUCUUUGUGUUCCUGAGCUGUCGUCGUGAUGGAGGUGACACCUGUGAUGAAGGAGACGCGGUCCUUCCGUCCCUUCAAGUCGAGCGAGGAGUACUUGUACGCGAUGAAGGAGGAUUUGGCCGAAUGGUUGAACAUGUUGUACCCUGAGCUGGACAUCAAUGUGGACAACUUCAUGGACCGUCUGGACACCGGCGUCGCACUGUGCAAGCACGCGAACAAGGUACGUCAGUGUGCCGUGGAGUACGUUCAGAGGCGCCAGACCCGACGUCCCAGCACGACGUCCAGCCUCACCGAGCUCGGCGACGUGUACUACUUGCAGGCCGCCAAACCGGGCACCUUCUUCGCCCGUGACAACGUGUCCAACUUCAUCUCGUGGUGUCGCCGCGGCCUCUGCAUCCUCGAGUGUCUCCUCUUCGAGACUGACGAUUUGAUCCUCCGCAAGAACGAGAAGCACGUGAUCCUGUGUCUGCUGGAGGUGGCACGUCGCGGCGCCAAGUUCGGUAUGCUGGCGCCUAUGUUGGUGCAGCUAGAAAGAGAGAUAGACCGCGAGAUCGCAGCGGAACAGAGCGGCAACAACCUGGACGACAGUGAUGAGGACGAGCAGUUCGGCCCCAUGCCCCAGGUCGUCACCAACGAUCUCAAGAGCUUGGACGAGAUGGUGAGAGAGCUCGUGGAAAGGUGUACCUGUCCCGUGCAGUUUCCCAUGAUCCGCGUGUCCGAGGGGAAGUACCGCAUCGGAGACACGAAAGUGCUCAUCUUCGUACGGGUCCUCAGAAACCACGUUAUGGUGAGAGUAGGGGGCGGCUGGGAUACCUUGUCACAUUACUUGGACAAGCAUGACCCCUGUCGCUGCAAGACAGGCCACAGAGUUCCACUCUCCACAAAGCUGAUUCUUAAGUCAAACGGACCUCUGGAACUUAGCACAGCCCAAGUGCUCUAUGAAAGAUCUCCUCCUCGAACCAGACGCUCCUCAGCUUCAAGUGUGAGCAGUGGUGGAGGGCUGCCUGUGUCAACUCGCAACAGAAGUCGCUCUCCUAGCGCUUGCCUUCAGGCACCGCGCUCCAACUAUGGGGGCAGCUCCACUGGUUUAGAUUCCCUCAAUGUGAAUGGUGGACGCCGUAGUAUCACACCGACAAGGAGUCGAUCUCCAACUCCCAGACUGAGUGUAACCAAAACAACUUCAAGUUAUGAUGGCAACAAUACGCGACUGAGUACAUCUGGUCGAACUAGCAGAAACAGGAGUCGAUCUCCCACACCACGCCCUCUCUCUCGGAACAAGAAUACUUGUAAUUCGCCAGCUGACAACAAUAACAACGAAGGGGCCGAUACCACGAAUACCACGGCACCACCCGAUCAGCAAUCUCUCAAUGAUUCUGGCUCAGAGGUGUCUGAUGAGGGAUACCGUAGCCUGGGCAUAAUGGCUAGCUCUGCUGUGGAUGGAACCACAAUUAAAGCAGGCCAAGAAGAGCUUAGCAAGCCAGAAGAGGUGGUGGUGGUGGAGCCUGAGGACGCAGACCAUUCAGAGCGUCCCAUUCCAACAGUCACAACACCGCGCCCCCUCUCAGAAUGUAGCUCCUGUGAUGAUGUUGCUCCUUCACCCAGCAGACACAAAAGGACACCUAGUGAUGUUCAGUGCCAUCGGUUAUCUGAUGGUGCUCCAAAUGAUACCAAGAUGACCCGGAGCAGAUCAACUGGUGGGGCCCCCGGUCUUUUUGACCCUGGGUCUCCUGCCAGACGUGCUGGAGUGUAUCGAAGUGUUCGGUCAGACCCCAGGGUCACACCAUCCAAAACAGGGCAGCAGCAUAAUACAUGGAGUGGUCGACAGGGGAAGGGAAAGCCACGGCCUUCACUAAAUGGUUCUGGCUUUGAGAGAAACACAAUGCUGCGCAGAAGCCUGGGAUCAGCCAACUCCACACCGACUGCCCUGCGCAGAAAUAAGGGCUCCUUGCCUGCUUCUUUACAGUGUUCUCCCACAAAACACAUUUCCCCACUACUGGAGCAGAUCCUUCAGGUGAGAGAUCUAGACAAUGAUGUCACAGUUCUGAAGAAGAUGAAGGAAAUCAUCCAACACUAUGCUGACAUUGUGGAUGAGAAGUUGGUAGAGGAAAGACAACAUGAAGAACAGACAUUACCUCAGGAGGAACUAGACUUCACAUCAGCCUGGGUGCAUGGAAAUGGAUCUGUUGGACGAAUCAGGAAGGUGAGUCCAAGUCCAAGGAAGGACUCCAAGGUGGAUGGUGCUGUAAGCAGAAUUCCUGCACCUGUAUUCUACAGACCUGUGGCAUCUACCACAGCAGAACUGACCACACGUGGUGACAGUUGACAGCCAAACACUAGAUCUGACCAGUAGAUUUACUGUUUCUUAGCAACUGCUAUUUAUGUAUAUACUGUCUCUUUUGUAUGCCAUUUGUAGUAAUGGCAGGACAUGUUGUCUAAUAUGCUUUGCUCUUCCAGGCGUUUAUCUAAUAAUUUAUUUAUUUAAUGAAUGUAUAGUUAAUUCAGCUAGACAUUAAUUUGUACUUCAAGCACUGUUACAUCGCGUCCACUGUUGUAUCCAUCCACUUCCUCUUUAUAUUGUUGUGAAGCAAUUGUUUUGCUGACUUUAAAAGAAAGCACAAAAUGGAAGAUAGUGCAAGUUAUAUUAUGAUAUGUAAAAGUAAUAGCUAUUUAACAAAUUAACGCACAUAUAUGCAGUUUUCUGCAAUAUUUAAACUUACUAUUUCUACAAUACUUUUGUACUUGGCAAUAAUAUGUUGCUGUGUGUUAGCCAGACGUGAUAUAGAGUAGGCCAUGUUAAUGUAUAGAUUUAUUAUGCCCAUAGUUUAUAUACAUAUAUUUAUAAGUGUUUCAAACUUUGAAGAACUAGGUUGCAGUUGAUUUGGGCCGUUAUAUUUAAGAACAUUCUAAGAAUGUUGUAUCAGUUUAAAUUGAAUAUUAAUUAUCUUAUUUUAUUGUAAUAUGUGACAUUGUAAAGAAGAGAUUCUUGAUUUAUGAAUAUUGUUUAAAUAUGAUAAAGGAAAUAUUUAGAACACAAACCUAAAUGCCCAAAUCAACAAGAAGGUGGGUGAAAGAAAUGUGAAUUGAAACAAAGCAGCUGACUGAAAUUGGUGCCUAGUUUCCUUGUAAUAAUCUAGCUAUUGCCUAAGUCCUACUCUCCCUAUUAAGGGGCAGGUCAGUGCUGAGUGCUAGAAAUGCUCAACAAUGAAAUAUCAUGA